UGGAGCUGAGGAGGGAGCAAUUGAAUUUCAAACACAAACAACCGCACGAGCGCUCUCCGAGCCGAGCGUUGCCCACCGCGCCCGCCCCAUCCGAGCGGCGCGCGGGCGCAGACGCCGUGGCUGCUCCGGAGCUCGCGUCGGGGGCCAGCAUCGAGGCGGGGGCCGCGCGAGGGCCGGAGCGCAGCGGCGCCGCAACCGCCGCACGCGCAAACUUGGGCUCGCGCUUCCCGGCUCGGCGCGGAGCCCGGGGCGCUCGCGGCCCCGCCAUGUCGCGAUCCAACCGGCAGAAAGAGUACAAGUGCGGGGACCUGGUGUUCGCGAAGAUGAAGGGAUACCCACAUUGGCCAGCCCGGAUUGAUGAGAUGCCUGAGGCUGCAGUGAAGUCAACAGCCAACAAGUACCAAGUCUUUUUUUUUGGGACCCAUGAGACGGCAUUCCUGGGCCCCAAAGACCUCUUCCCUUAUGAGGAAUCCAAGGAGAAGUUUGGCAAGCCCAACAAGAGGAAAGGGUUCAGCGAGGGGCUGUGGGAGAUCGAGAACAACCCUACAGUCAAGGCCUCUGGCUACCAGUCUUCCCAGAAAAAGAGCUGCACGGAAGAGCCAGAAGUGGAGCCUGAAGCCCAUGAGGGUGACAAGAAGGGCAAUGCAGAGGGUAGCAGCGAUGAGGAAGGGAAACUGGUCAUCGAUGAGCCAGCCAAGGAGAAGAAUGAGAAGGGCACGCUGAAGAGGAGAGCGGGGGACAUGCUGGAGGACUCCCCUAAACGUCCCAAGGAGUCAGGAGACCAUGAAGAGGAGGACAAGGAGAUAGCUGCUUUAGAGGGCGAGCGGCCGCUCCCUGUAGAAAUGGAGAAGAACAGCACCCCUUCUGAGCCAGACUCUGGCCAGGGACCUCCUCCAGAGGAAGAAGAGGGAGAAGAAGAGGCUGCCAAGGAAGAGGCUGAAGCCCAGGUCGUCAGAGAUCAUGAGAGCCUGUAGCCACCAAUGUUUCAAGAGGAGCCCCUGCCCCGUUCCUGCUGCUGUCUGGGUGCUACUGGGGAAACUGGCCAUGGCCUGCAAACUGGGAACCCUUUUUCUGCCCAAUUCACCCUAUUCCUUCACUCACUGUCUCCUCUUUAAGCCCACUCCUGGAGAUUGUCUUGGCCCUCGCCUCCAGCUCCCUUCCCAUAUACGCCCUGUGACCUGAGUCAGGGCCUUGUGCCCCAGGAUGAGAUGAGGCCUUUGUAUCUCCUUACAUUUGUUUCCUAGGGUUUCUGUUGUGGUCUGGGCUGCUGUUUCCACCUCUUGACACCUCUGCCCUGCUGCAGGCAUUCUAGACCUUUGGGGUGGGCUGGGGCAGCAGUGGAGGUGAAGGAAUAUAAGUGUGGGUUCAUGUGUGGCAUUGUCUACCUGAGCUCCUGUCUCCAGCCCCCACCUAUUUUCGCAUCUGCCUACAUUCAAGAAACGGGACGCUGUGGAGAGGGGCUCCCAUCCAUACAGAAGUCCUUGCUGAUUUUUGGGAACACUUUUCCCUGACCCCAGGGUUCAAGGAAUUGUAGUUUAACAUCUAGACCUUGGAUUUUCCAAGGAGUAGGACCUGGAGAGAGUGGAGAGCUGAAGGAUCAACUGAUUUGCAUUGAGGAAAUGUCUCUUUAGAUCUCAGGGUAGAGGUGAGAUCACCUGGGGAGACCUGCUGCCUUCCUCCCACUUCCCAGUGUUCAAGGCCAGCCUGUAGUCAGAUAUUUCACCCAGACAAAGGAAAAGACACAUUUUUUUAGGAAAUGUUUUUAAUAAAAGAAAAUUACCAAAAAAAACCCCACAAAAAAAUAAAAAGAAAAAAAGUUAACCCGCCCCUUUGUGUGCUCCCCUUUCUGUUCCUUUCUCCCCACUACUGACCCAUUUUUGAGGUGCACCAGGAGGUUCACCUUCUGAUAGGGGUUGGCUUUCUCUUUUACAUCCAGUCUGUAGCCCACUGAGAAGACAGGGAAAGUGUCCUCCAGCCUCUUCUCGUGGUUUCUUAUGCCCCUUCUCUUGUCUUUUACUCCUAUCCCUCCUCUGGGCUCUGAAGAAAAAUUGCUGACUGUAGCUUUGGAAGUGUAGCUCUGAGAACAAUAGACAAUUUGAGUUCUAGGAAAAUAAAGCCGUUGAUUACUAUCCUGA